AUGCGCGUGCGCGGGGCAGCUCUGUUCUCGCAGUUCCUGUGCAUGGCGGGGCUGGCGUCUUGCGCCACGGAGGUGGGCGCGGGCGCGGGCGCGGGCGCGGGCGGAGCCGUGGCCGUGCAGGCGCCGCCGCCCACGCACCUGCCCACCGCCGUGGAGCCCUUCCCGUGCCUGCGGCCCGACGCGUGCGACCCGCGCGCCAAGUACCGCCGCCUCGACGCCUCCUGCAACAACCUGCGCAUCCCCACGUGGGGCAUGAGCGGCUCGCCCUUCGCGCGCGUGCUGCGCUCCAGCUACGCCGACGUGUACAUACAAUUUUCGUACAGACUUGUACUUCGUCUGAUACAUUGCAGCUCGUGCGUGUGUAGCCAGUUCGCCCAAGUGAAUCAUCCUGUUUCUGCAGGUGUGUGGGCCCCGAGACGGGCGAAAGACGGCUCCGAGCUCCCGAACGCCCGUCUCGUGCGGACGACGCUCCUGGAAGACAGGGAGGUGGACGACCCGCGGCACACUCUGCUUCUCAUGCAAUUCGGGCAGCUGAUUGCCCACGACUCUGCGCUCGGCCCGCAGGAUUGCAUUCUAUCUCCCGCCUAUCAUGGCGAGCGAUUCACUUGCUGUUCUCCAGACGACACAGUUACGCCUGACCUGCCCAAAGAAUGUCUGUCCGUCCCGUUACCUGAAAAUGAUACCUUCUUUGGGCCUUUGGGAAAACGUUGCAUGCCCAUUGUGCGGACUCAAAACACGCAUUCCAACGGAUGCACCAGAUCAGCUGGGGAACAGAUUAGUCUGGUGAAUCAUCUUCUCGACGUAUCUUUUGUUUAUGGAAAUAAUAAAAAUCAAGCAGAUGCCCUAAGAACAUUUCAAGGAGGAACCUUGAAAGUGCAAAAAAUGGGAAAUCGAGAGUUUCUUCCUAAUACCAAUAAUCCCAAAGAUCAGUGCUUUCUACCCACCAAAGCUGAAAAUACUUGUUAUAAGGCAGGAGAUUUUCGAGUGAAUGUCGUUCCCCAAAUAGCAGUUCUUCAGAUAUUAUUUCUCCGUGUGCACAAUAAAUUGGCACAGAAACUUUCAGAAUUAAAUCCCCAUUGGGACGAUGAAACAUUGUAUCAAGAAGCUCGAAGAAUUUUAAUAGGACAGUAUCAGCAUAUUAUCUACAACGAAUUUCUUCCUGUUAUUGUAGGUGCUGAGUUUAUGGCAAAACAUUUUCUUAAACCUUCUGCCAGUGGUCUUGUUGAUUUUUAUGACGAAGAUCUCAACCCUGCAACAUUGAGCAGCUUCACUUCCUCAACCUUCCGAGGAUUACAUUCGUUGAUUCAAGGAAAAGUGCAGUUGCAAAAUUCUGAAAGAAAACCAGAGAGAGAAAUAAUCUUAAGUGAGUGGUUUAAUAGACCUUCCAUAAUUCAAGAAAAUACGCAAAAUUUUGAUUUUUUAUUACUUGGGUUAGUUUCACAAUCCUCUCAAAAAUAUGAUAAUCAUCAUACUAAACAGGUCUCAGAUCUUCUUUUUCGAGGACACAAGGAUUUUGGAGUGGAUCUUCUAACUACAGAUAUAGUCAGAAAUCGUGAUUAUGGUUUAGCAUCAUAUAUAGCCUUUCAAAAAUUAUGUAAAGUGGGAAAUAUCACUACACAUGAUGACCUAACAGCCAUUAUGAAAAGAGAAGACGUUGAGAAACUUAAAAGAGUGUAUAAGCAUCCCGAUGAUAUAGACUUGACAGUAGGAGGACUUCUCGAACGUCCGAAACCUGGUGCUUUGGUGGGACCUACAUUUCAAUGUCUCAUAGGUGAUCAAUUUAUAAGGUGGAAGAUGGGUGAUAGAUUUUUCUACGAGUUUCGAGGAUUUGAGCAUUCUUUUACAACAGUUCAGGUAAAUGAAAUCAAGAAAUCAACAUUUUCUCGGUUAAUAUGUGAUCAUGGAGAUGAAAUAAACACAAUGCAACCUUUAGCUUUUCUUAAGGUGUCCGACAAGAAUCCUCUCACUUCAUGUAAUUCAUCGAUCAUACCCAAGCCAGAUUUUAGUGCAUGGAAAGAUACAAAAUGAGAAGCCAAUAAAGUCAAUUUUUGCAUUAACAUCUUCAAGGUACCAUUUACAUUUCAGAAUUUACUCAAUAGAAUGGAAAACAGACAGACAAGGAAAAAUUAAACACAAAACAGUCUUUAAAACCUUUAUUCACUACUUUUAUUUUAACAAUAUUAGCAAAAAUAUAAAGUAGCUUUGUUUCUUAAACGAUAUGGUAGCAAAAAUAUUAAUUCCUUAGCAACAUUAAUACUUCACUGAUCUAACCUUACAUAACUUUGAAAGAGUAAAAAAUGAAUUGAAUGUAUAAUAAUGACAAUACAAAAGAAAUUAUAAAAUUAAAAAAUAUAAAAACAUAAGUUACUUGUGCUCAGUUAAAUAAAAGUUACAUAAGUAAUGAAAUGAUGCAUUUUUUUUAUGAACAUUGUGAGUAUUCUUUUCAGAGUAUCUGGAAGCUUAGUUAGGAAGGAUAUGAUUUCAAUGUACUUAAUUGCAACCUCAAUGAGAACAAUUAUAUGUAUAUAUAUUUGAUUAAUGAUUGGAUUUUUUUAAGGGAAUUAUAUACAUUUCUUAAUAUAACAAAGGGUAUAUAAUCUCAAUUGUAAGGCAAAUUCUAAGGCUGUGUUUGAGGUUUACUACAAUAUCUCCAACACACAAGCACAGGCACAUUAAUGAUAUAGCAAUAAUCCUAGUAAUUAAUGCUCAAAGCAAACAAUAAAGAUGUUUCAUUUCAAUUCAUUGUAUAAACUUGAACUAUUUUCUUGGAAUUAUAUAGAAUAUUUCACUGAUCAAUUAUCAAUAAAAUUAUUUAUGUUCAAUAUUUGCUAAAAUGGUUUAUAGAAUGGAAAUUGUACAUGUUCCCAUCUACAUUCAGCAGUUUUUGGUGCAAGACUAGACUUGAUAACUAUUUGAUACUUAAAACGUCAUCACACAAUUCUUUAAAAGAGGUAAACAAUACUGAAUACAGAAAACAGAGGUAACAACAUCGAAAGUGCAUUACAUUAUUACAAUCACAAGUUUUAAAAGUAAAUCUACAUUCAAAUUAGCGCCAAGGUCGACGUGUUGCCCUGUUAUUGCUCUGUUGCUGUUUGGAAGUUACGAAUGGUUGUUUAGCAUAACUGCUGGAUGAUUGUUCAUAUGGCCCAGCAGAGCAUGCUCGAGCUUUGUGGCGCCACCAACUCCUGCGUGUAUUUGUUGCGGGUCGCUCAGACAGCCGAUUUCUGU